AUGUGGGCGGCCGUUGUCCAAAACGCGCAAGCUGUCUGGCCGGAAACCCAGCCCCUGUCCCUUGAUUCGAUUUCCAGACACCCGUGCGAACAACGAUUCGGAUCUGCGGGACUGCUGUUUGAGCACUUGCGCGAGGUGCACGUUGGUCUUCGCUUGGACAAGACGUUUCAAGGUCAAUGCCAGUGGGCGAACUGCUCGCGAGCUGACCAGCAGUUUGGCAAGCCUUACGACUUGGUGUCCCACAUUCAAGUGCACGUUAAUGUUCGACCGUUCGAGUGCAUUUGUGGCGCACGUUCGAAGCGGCAGUCUGAUCUUCGGAAGCACCUUGAGGGUUGCUGUCAAGGAACGGAUUUCAAGUGGACUAAGGCGACAUCGGGCUUGUUCCUGGCCAGAAAGGGCUUCUCGGACGAUGCCAUUACACGCAUCCUUCAGCUGGUGCAAGAUCCUGAAGAUAUUCUUCGAGUGACGGACGCUCAGCUGCUCGAGGUCCAGAUGGAUGCACAAACUUGCCGUCUCGUUCUCGACGGCACCCCAGUCGAAUUUCGAAACAACACGGCGAAAUAA